UUUUGUUUAAUUUAAGUUUGCCGAACGAGUUUUGAGAAAAGAAAAAAUAAUAUUAUAUGUUCGAUCAGUCAUUAAAUAUUUCAUUCGGAAAGUUGAAAUAUUAAGUUAAUAUUUUAGAAUUAUUAAUGUUUCCGUGAAUUAAUUUAAAAACCUUAAAGAAGCCAAAUUAAAAUGUUUUCAAUUUGUAAACAAAUACAUCCAGCUACUGGGAUUGAACAUGCAAUAUCUAGCCAUUUUUUUAAUAGUACUGAGGUAAAUCUGGUAACCGCUGGAUCAAAUAUUUUAAAGGUAUACAGUAUUCGUCCAGAAUUUGAUUAUCAAAAUAGGAAAUAUGAAAUCAAUAUGUCAAAGAUGAAAUUAGAGUGUUUGGCAAAAUAUACAGUACACGGAAAUAUUAUGUCUUUGCAAAAUGUUUCUCUAUCCGGAUCGCAUCGAGAUGCUUUACUAUUAAGUUUUCGUGAUGCAAAACUUUCAGUAGUUCAACAUGAUCCAGACACAUAUGAAUUGAAAACUCUUUCAUUACAUUAUUUUGAGGAAGAUGAAAUUAAAGCUGGUUGGAACAGUAAUUUUUAUAUACCAACUGUUCGAGUUGAUCCAGAUAAUCGUUGUGCAGUUAUGUUAGCAUUUGGUAAACAACUUGUUGUGCUACCAUUUCGAAAGGAUAAUACAUUAGAUGAGAUUGAACUUGCCGAUGUUAAGCCAAUGAAAAAAACCCCAACUCAAUUAGUUACGAAAACACCAAUAUUAGCUUCUUACAUUAUUGCUUUAAAAGAUAUGGAUGAAAAAAUCGAUAACGUAAUUGACUUUCAGUUUCUACAUGGUUAUUACGAGCCAACUCUAUUAAUUUUAUUUGAGCCUGUUAGAACUUUUUCUGGUCGUAUAGCUGUUCGCUCAGAUACUUGUACUUUGGUAGCUUUGUCUUUGAAUAUACAGCAGAGAGUGCAUCCGAUUAUAUGGACUGUAACCAGUUUGCCUUUUGAUUGCUUAAGAGUCAUGGCGAUAGAGAAACCUAUUGGUGGAUGUUUAGUGUUUGCUGUUAAUUCUUUAAUUUAUUUAAAUCAAAGUGUUCCACCUUACGGGGUUAGUUUAAACAGUACAGCUGAUCAUAGCACUUCAUUUCCUCUGAAACCACAAGAUGGUGUUAAAAUUAGUUUAGAUGCUGCACAAAUUACUUUUAUUGACAGUGAUAAAUUAGUUUUAUCAUUGAAAACUGGAGAACUUUAUGUAUUAACAUUAUGCGUAGACUCAAUGCGAAGUGUGCGAAAUUUUCAUUUCAAUAAAGCCGCUUCGAGUGUGUUGACAAGCUGCAUUUGUGUAUGUCAAAACGAAUACAUAUUCUUAGGAUCUAGAUUGGGUAAUUCACUGUUACUUAGAUUUAGAGAAGAAGACGAAAAUACCAUUAUAACUAUUGAUGAUAUAGCUGACAAUGAACCAGAAAUUCCACAACAACAACCUAAAGAAAAGCGGUUAAGAAUGGAAGAAGAGGAAUUGGAAGUAUAUGGAUCCGGAAAGAAAACAUCAGUACAGUUAACGAAAUUUGUUUUCGAGGUAUGUGACAGUUUAUUGAACAUUGGGCCUAUUGGUUUUAUGACCCUUGGAGCUCGUAUAAAUGAUUCUGAAAAUGUAGAAGCAAACAGAGAAGAUGAACAAAAGAAAAACAACUUAGAAUUAAUAACUUCAAGCGGACAUGGUAAAAAUGGAGCUUUGUGUAUUUUAGCUUAUUCAAUUAAACCUCAAAUGAUUACAAGUUUUGAGUUGCCAGGAUGCAUUGAUUUGUGGACAGUAUUUGAAACUGAUAAACAAAAAGCGGGUCGAAAAGAUUUUAACCAUCAUGACUUCAUGAUUCUGACACAAAAAAAUAAAACACUGGUUUUACAAACUGGGAAUGAAAUCAAUGAAAUUGAGCAUACCGGAUUUUGUACCGAUUUACCUACCAUAUAUGUCGGUAAUUUGGGGAACAAUCGUUUUAUAGUUCAAGUAACAGUAAAAACAAUUAGAUUGUUACAAAGUACAAGAUUAAUUCAGAAUAUACCGCUGGAUGUGGGGUCACCCAUAACACAAGUAUCUUUAGUUGAUCCAUAUGUUUGUAUAAGAGCUGAGAAUGGUCAAGUGAUAACUUUAGCUUUAAGAGAAACACGAGGCGUUCCAAGAUUAGCCAUUAAUAAAAAUACCGUUAGUAGUACUCCAACUGUUAUAUCUCUAAGUGUUUUUAAAGAUACUUCUGGUCUUUUCACAUCUAAAUUGGAUGACUUCACCAUAGGACCGGGAGCCACAUUCGGUGCUACAACAGGUGUAGGUUAUAGUUUAAAACCAGAACCUAAUAUGAAAGUUGAGGACGAAGAAGAUUUGUUAUAUGGUGAAGGUGGAAGUUCAUUUAAAAUGAAUACAAUGGCUGACAUGGCCAAAAAAUCUAAGAGUAAGAAUAUUGAAUGGUGGGAAAGAUUCUUACAUCCAAUUAAAAUAACAUACUGGUUGUGUUUAUCAAGAGAAAACGGCAAUUUAGAAAUAUAUUCAAUGCCUGAUCUAAAACUAGUAUAUUUAAUUUCAAAUAUAGGAAAUGGUUCGAAAUGCUUAAUAGACGCAAUGGAAUUCGUUCCAAUCAAUUUUGCAAGCAAUCAGCCAGACUCUAAACCUAUAAAAGAUGCAAAUCGUCAUGAAGAUAUUCUUAACAUAGGACAAAGUAACAAUAUGACUGUUCCAGCUGUUGAAAUCCUAGUUACUUCAUUGGGAAACAGUCAACGAAAUCGUCCACUUUUAUUUGUCAGAACGAACACUGAUUUAAUAAUAUAUCACGUUUACCGAUAUACUAAAGGUCAUAUAAAAAUUCGAUUCCGUAAAAUUUAUCAUGAUGUAUUAAUGAGAAAAAAUAAGAUUGAGAAACAAGAAAUAAAUUUAGAUGAUGAUGAGAAUCCGAAUGAAAUUAAUACAAAUAAAUUAAACAAAAUGAAGUACUUUGAAAAUAUAUCUGGUUUAAAUGGUGUUGCGAUUUGUGGUGAUUAUCCCCGUUUUGUUUUUAUGACGUCCAGAGGCGAAUUGAGAGUUCAUCGAAUGAACACUGAAGUCACAUUUCAAAGUUUUACGCCAUUCAACAAUAUCAAUUGCCCCAAUGGUUUUGUAUACUUUGAUGAAACAAACGAUAUAAAAAUAUCAGUUCUUCCAACAUAUUUAACAUAUGAUUCCACAUGGCCUGUUCGAAAGGUUCCAUUAAGAUGUACCCCAAGACAAAUACAAUAUCAUCGAGAAAAUCAUGUCUAUUGUGUUGUUACACAAACAGAAGAAGAGACUAAUAAAUAUUUUAGAUUUAAUGGUGAAGACAAAGAACUAACUGAAGAAAAUAAAGGUGAGCGGUUUAUAUACCCAACGGCAUCCAAAUUUAGUGUUGUUUUGGUUACACCAAAUACAUGGGAAAUAAUUCCUGAUGCUUCGAUUGACUUGGAUCCAUGGGAGCAUGUUACAGCUUUUAAAAUUGUUAGCUUAGCGUACGAAGGUACCCGUUCUGGUUUAAAAGAAUAUUUAUGUGUUGGAACAAAUUUCAAUUAUAGCGAAGAUAUAACUUCUCGCGGCAAAAUAAUGAUAUAUGAUAUCAUUGAAGUAGUUCCAGAACCAGGAAAACCACUUACGAAAUUUAAGUUGAAAGAAAUUUAUAUUAAAGAGCAAAAAGGACCUGUAUCGGCAAUAACGCAUACCUUAGGAUUUUUAGUUACGGCAAUUGGACAAAAAGUUUAUUUAUGGCAAUUGAAAGAUAACGAUUUAAUAGGAGUUGCUUUCAUUGACACAGAUAUAUAUGUUCAUAAAAUAGUUUCUAUUAAAUCUUUAAUCUUAAUCGCUGAUGUAUACAAAUCUGUCAGUAUACUAAGAUUCCAAGAAGAAUAUAGGACACUAUCCUUAGUAGCGCGAGAUUUUCAACCUUUAAAUGUUUUUGACAUUGAAUUUAUGGUAGAUAAUCAAAAUUUGGGAUUUUUGGUGACAGAUGCAGAAGAAAAUUUCAUCAUAUAUAUGUACCAACCCGAGGCAAGAGAAUCGAUGGGUGGGCAAAAACUUUUAAGAAAGGCUGAUUAUCACUUCGGACAACGUGUAAACACAAUGUUUAGAAUGCAAUGCUCUCAAAAUCCGGCCGAUGUUCGUCAAAUUUAUGGUCGGCCUCAAUUCAAUUUUCAAAAUCGUCACAUUGUAAUAUUUGGAACUUUAGACGGUGCUUUAGGAUAUUGUUUACCAUUACCUGAAAAAACGUACAGAAGAUUAUUUAUGUUGCAAAAUGUUCUAUUUACACAUAACGAACACAUAGCAGGAUUAAAUCCAAAGGCAUUCAGGACAAUAAGAAGUUCUAGAAAGUUACAAGCAAACCCUGCUCGGUGCAUAGUUGACGGUGAAUUAAUAUACGCGUACUUACAAUUGCCGUUUGUAGAAAAAAUUGAAGUGGCAAAAAAAAUUGGUACAAAAGUUGAAGAACUUUAUGCAGACUUAAAAGAAAUUGAACAAAUAUCAAUUGUUUUUUAAAAACAGAAAAUAAAUUAUUUUAGAAAUUCAUAUUAUUUAAGAAUAUUUGUUUUAAAAAAUGCAAUUGAAAUCAAAGUAUGAAUACAAAAGUCAAAACGGUAAAUAGUGUGAAUUAA